CUCCUGGUCCUGCUGGAAGACCCGGCCUCCCGGGGGACAAAGGUGCCAUUGGGAUGCCUGGACGUGUGGGAGGAAAGGGCCAACCAGGCGAGAAGGGGGCCCCAGGAGAUGCCGGGAUGUCCAUCAUCGGUCCCCGCGGCCCUCCCGGUCAGCCGGGCACUCGAGGUUUUCCUGGAUUUCCGGGUCCCAUUGGGCUUGACGGCAAACCGGGCCGCCCCGGACCAAAAGGGGAGAUGGGACCUCCAGGACAAAAAGGAGAAAAGGGUCAGUGUGGAGAGUACCCACACCGGCUGCUGCCUCUCCUCAAUUCAGUGCGGCUGGCUCCACCGCCAGUCAUUCAAAGGCGGACCUUCCAGGGUGAACAGGGCCAGGCUGGCAUCCAAGGCCCACCAGGGCCACCAGGCCCUCCUGGACCGAGUGGACCUCUGGGGCACCCAGGACUGCCAGGGCCCAUGGGGCCACCCGGCUUACCUGGGCCUCCUGGACCAAAGGGAGACCCGGGGAUCCAGGGCUACCACGGCCGGAAGGGAGAACGAGGCAUGCCAGGGAUGCCGGGCAAACACGGAGCAAAGGGGGCUCCUGGAAUCGCUGCCGCGGGGAUGAAGGGUGAGCCUGGGAUCCCAGGAGCCAAGGGAGACCCAGGAGCAACAGGGAAGCUGGGGCCCCCAGGUUUGCCGGGAAAGACGGGGCAGAGGGGUGAGAAGGGGGCUGCGGGCCCCCCUGGGCUACUCGGCCUCCUAGGGCAGAAGGGAGAAAAAGGUGAUGCUGGCAACUCCAUUGGAGGGGGCAGAGGGGAGCCUGGUCCCCCAGGGCUCCCUGGGCCCCCAGGGCCAAAGGGGGAAGCUGGAGCUGAUGGCCAGGCGGGCGCCCCAGGACGGCAAGGAGACAAGGGGGAGCCUGGAGCAGCUGGAGAACAGGGACCUGCUGGCCCCAAGGGCUCCAAGGGCGAACCCGGGAAAGGAGAGAUGGUGGACUACAACGGAAACAUCAACGAGGCUCUCCAGGAGAUCCGGACACUGGCCCUGAUGGGGCCCCCUGGUCUUCCUGGGCAGAUUGGCCCACCCGGAGCUCCAGGGAUCCCAGGCCAGAAGGGGGAGAUUGGGCUGCCCGGCCCUCCCGGACACGAUGGGGAAAAGGGACCUCGAGGCAAACCAGGAGAUGUGGGCCCUCCUGGUCCCCAAGGCCCCCCAGGAAAGGCUGGGCCUGCAGGAAUGAAGGGAGAAGAUGGCCCUCCGGGGAACCCAGGAGAGAAGGGGGAGAAAGGGGAGAUGGGGCAGCCAGGCCCACCGGGUCUAGACGGCCCAACUGGGGAGAAAGGAGAACCAGGUGACCAAGGGAGACCUGGAGCGACCGGAUUGCCUGGCCCAAUCGGGCUCCCAGGAUUCACGGGAGAGAAAGGAGAAGACGGGGAGAAGGGUGACCCAGGAGUGGAGGUUCCUGGGCCACCAGGGCCAGAGGGACCUCCCGGACCGCCGGGGCUCCAAGGCGUUCCUGGACCAAAGGGGGAAGCAGGGCUAGAUGGAGCAAAAGGAGAGAAGGGCGUCCAGGGAGAAAAAGGAGACCGAGGUCCUCUGGGAUUACCCAUGGUUCUCAGUGCUGGCUGCACAUUGGAAUCCCCUGGAGCUUUCCAAGGAGCUUCAGGUUUGGACGGCAGGCCUGGGCCACCGGGUACUCCAGGACCAAUUGGAGUUCCAGGCCCAGCGGGACCAAAGGGAGAGAGGGGCAGCAAAGGCGACCCUGGGAUGACAGGACCAACGGGAGCAGCUGGGCUUCCUGGUUUACACGGACCACCCGGGGACAAAGGAAACCGGGGACACCGAGGUUUUAAAGGAGAGAAAGGGGAGCCAGGGUUACCAGGGCUGGACGGACUGGAUGCCCCGUGCCCACUGGGUGAAGAUGGCUUGCCAGUCCAGGGCUGCUGGAAUAAGGGCCAGAGUCCAUGGUUAGUAGCCAAGAAGUGAAGCCAGGCAGCCUGAGCCUUGGGGAAAGCGCCUUCCCCUGGAGGAGGGUGAAGACCAAGCGGCCUCCGGACAGAGGGUCGCGGGCCGAACCCUUCAAGGGGGUCUGGCUUGAGGGGGUGAUCAGAGGGUGACCACGGGAGAGCGUGGGACACGUGCGCUCUCUAAGGGCCAGCGCUCGGCCCGCAGAGCGCAGGCUCACCCCGUCGGUCUCCCCAGCUCUCUGCUGGGGUUUCUGCCGCGACCCUGCAGCUAGCGCCCUCUGCUAUUGCUGCACCGCAACGGCGCUGGAUGCCCUUUGGUCAGGGAAGAAUUGUGGAUCUUUGAGAGACCUCUCUGCAGAAGGGGCCGCCAGCAUUGUCACACUCUGACCUUGGAAGCCUCCCCAGGAGGCUGCGGCCAGAGGCCGGUCACCUUUCCCAGCUCCUUCUCAACAGAUUUCCUUUAACUUUCUUUGGUGCUGCCACGAUUAACCCUUUAACCUCCUGGGUUCUUUCAAACAUCGUAAGCUGACCAGCGUACCAAGCUGCAAAAGCAGACAGCGUUUGUCUUCGAGAGGAAGGCACAACGGUGUAGUAGAGGAGAGAAGCCCAUGAGCACUCCUGGGUGAUAAGCUUGGAUAUCUGGGCUGGCCCUCAGAGCCAAGGGCCUCACGUAUCUGGUCUGCAGUCCUGAAACGAUGGAGAGAGGCAGCAAGCCACCUAUUUGCAAGAGGAUCUGGAAUAAACCUUCAUCCUUUAGCAAAAUUGUUGAAGGGACAGUGCCUGGAAAUUACCCUUCACUGCCUUCCUUCUCCCUGGGUCACCAUAUGCAGAGGCUUGGUGGGUACCACGGGAUUUUUACUGCCAAAUUAACCAGCCGCCCAACGCUCCUUCCAUCCCUGGGGCCAUGGGAGAAAUCAAAAGCAUCCCUAUAUGACGUGAUACACGAGGAAUUUCAAUGACUCAGAGGAUCCUGGACAUCUGCAUAUAGUCAAAUGGUCUGUGUCACCUGCCAGCAAAGCACCAGCUCUGAACCAACAACAUUGGAAGAAGACAGAUCCAUCAUGGCCACCUUUUAAAGAGGAAACUGCUGGUGCCUGGGCUCACUUCACUGUAGAAAUGCAGUGAAAUCGCCUGCUAAGACACAUUUUUCUUGCACUCCGCUCAUUCCAAAGACAAAGUGUUUUAUUUGCAAAAGUCUGCCAAAAUAAAUGUGCCUGCAGCUCCCCCAGCCAGUGGGAAGCACUCUGGCCUGGGAGGAAGGAGGUCUGCAUGCUGGACCUGACUGCCCGGGGCCGGGUGGGCGACCUUGGGCAAGAGCUUCCCAUGCUCUGAGCCUCCACUCCCUCCGUCAUCUGUAACCUGGGGCAGGUUCUGCCUACCUCACAGGACAUGGAAGGACUAUCUGCAUGAAAGGAACUGGAACACGGGAAAGGGCCGUAUAAAGGUUAGACAAAGAGAUGGUUAGUAUUCAGUUCAGGGAAAAACCUUGCUUUUUGUAGCCAAACCUCAAUUAACUGGAGUCACUUGAGAAAUGGUUCAUUAAAAUUUCUGGCAAAAUCAGGUUCAGAGCAGGCCCUCUCGUGUCCACACAGAGGGCCUGCUUGACAAACAACAUGGACACUGAAUGAUGGAGAUGUGGAAAUGGUGGCCAACCUGGUGGGGGGGCGGACAGGAUGGAUGUGGACUGUCCCCGCUCCCCAGGAAGUUGCCUUUUAAAACUAAAUUUCCUAAAUGUUCAUAGGGUUUUUUUUUUCUUUUCCCUAAAAAGAGAAGAAUCAGCAAUUUUUUUCAAUCUUUCUUUAAAAUUCCAAUUACCCAUAUCCCUGGUUGAAUGAGGAUGUUUCUCUUUUGCUGAUUCCAAGAUAAGGUGUGUUAUUGGGAAAUCUGUGGCUGUCCAGUGGUUAGGACUCCACGCUUUCACUGCUGAGGGCACGGGUUCAAUCCCUGGUCAGGGAACUAAGAUCCCUCAAGCUGCACAGUGCAGCCAAAACAAAAACAAAACCACAAAAAACAACCAAAAAACUAAGAUGUAUUAUUGAUUCUGGGCCUGUACCCAAUUCCCCAGCAGCCCAGCCCCACUUCUUUUUUUUCCCCGCCCCGCUUCUGCUCCCCACCUGUGCCCUCUUGGACACUGAGGCAGAGAUUCCCCAUGCGGUCAAUCUGUCAUCUUAAGUUUAACAAUCGUUACCUUGGUAUUUCAGUAGAAAAAGUUCAAUUGCACUGCAACUUGCAGGAAACUUCAGUGCAGUUAACUGAAGGUUUAAUGUAUUUUUAAAGUGAGUCAGAACCUAAUUCUCCGAGUUGCAUAAUGAAGAUCAACAGCUUAUCUGACUGAUUAUAUAGAUUAGGGAGUAGGAAAGAACGGUUUCCAAGAGUAAUUCCUCAAUGAUAAAAGUGCUCAUGAAUUACUUAUUUUCCUUGUGGUAAUUAUUUUUGGUAAGGACCUAUCCAUACUGCAGGCAGUGGGUCUUUUCUAUGGAAGAAAAAAAACUACCUGCACAUAGUUCGCUGAUGGUUUAAGUUUCCUAGCCUUUCUGUUUUGAUGUUAAGGCGAGAUGUCUUCUUUUUUUUUUCUAACUGUUGCAUUUUUCCUACGACUUUUAAAAAGUUAUUUCCUCCAGGCUCUCCUUUGGGUCAAAAGCGCCUCCUGUGAAGGCAACCUGGUGCUAAGUUCCUGGAGUGAAGCAUCCUACACCCUGUGCCCACCCUAGGUGUCCCCAACAGCAGGCUGUCCCAUCCUGACCCCUGCAGGGACCCCUGUCACAUCCUAGUGCCUUUUACCAACAAAGAGGUCAUCUUUCAAUGGGCAGGACCUCUCCUAGCUCCAGGUCCGUCACUGGUCUCCAUGGCGCCACAUCGCCACAUCCCUGCAGUGCGCUGGGCUUGUGUCUCCUCCCCUUGUCAAGCAGAUGGUGAGAACCUAGAAAGUUUCUACCUUCUUGCUGCUUUUGUCACUUUCGCAAAUGGUUCCCAAGGCCUCUCGUCAAUCUCUGACCCCACCCCCCACCCCCGCAAGGGGUAAGACCCCCCCAGCCUCUCAGCCUGGACGGUCUUCUCGGCCUUUCCUUUUGGUGGUCCCUGAGUAUUUCUCACCUCCUUACCUUGCAUCCACCCACGUCCUGUUUUCUUCAUUUUUCAGUUCUCUCUCCAUUCACUCCUCACCCUCAGACCACUUGGCUCCCUCCACUCUCCCUCUCCUCCUCUUCUUCUGCCUCCCUCCCCAUCCUCUGACCGCCCCCCCCAGCUCCCCUACACUUCCCGCAGCUCAGUCCAUGAGCAUGUUUUAGCUCGUUUGAGCUCACCGCUGCAAAACAAGGCCCCUGGGGAGAACGAUCUGAAAUCUGGUCAACGGUGUGUGACAGCUUUUUUUCCUACCAAAUUCUCCUAGUGCCUUUCAUUUAAAUAGAGUCGUUGACAGAUGUAUCAUUCUCCUAUUAUGUUCCCCAUAAGAAGAGAAAACCACACCUUUGUUUUAUUUUAUUUCACUUCGGGUUUCUAUUCUGAGUCUGAUAAAACAUUGUUUUUAGGACCUACUGGUGAAGAAAUGCUUUGUUUUCUUUGUUUUCUGGUUUCAGGGUCAUAAGCAAAGUCUCUAGGGUUUUUUACUGGUUUAAGUUCAAUAAGUCAGAGAAACGUCUCAGUAUAGACCUGCGACACGCCGCUUCUCCAGAGGAAGGCAGCAGGCUAUGGCGCAGAGUUUCCACUUCCUCACCCUUAAAAUGAAAGGGUGAGACUAGAUGUAAUAUUCUGUGAUUCCAUAAUUCAAUAGCUUUUUUGCUGAUUUCAACAGAUCAAAUGCAUUUUUCCUUAUGCCUAUCAGGGAUUUGUUUGGUUUGCUUUGGUU